AGCUCCGCCCCACGCUUGCGCCAGCCCCGCCCCGAUCCCGGCUCGCAGGCUCCAGGGGCGGGGCGUGGCCGGGGCGCAGCGACGGGCGCGGAGGUCCGGCCGGGCGCGCGCGCCCCCGCCACACGCACGCCGGGCGUGCCAGUUUAUAAAGGGAGAGAGCAAGCAGCGAGUCUUGAAGCUCUGUCUGGUGCUUUGGAUCCGUUUCCAUCGGUCCUUACAGCCGCUUGUCAGACUCCAGCAGCCAAGAUGGUGAAGCAGAUCGAGAGCAAGACUGCUUUUCAGGAAGCCUUGGACGCUGCAGGUGAUAAACUUGUAGUAGUUGACUUCUCAGCCACGUGGUGUGGGCCUUGCAAAAUGAUCAAGCCUUUCUUUCAUUCCCUCUCUGAAAAGUAUUCCAACGUGAUAUUCCUUGAAGUAGAUGUGGAUGACUGUCAGGAUGUUGCUUCAGAGUGUGAAGUCAAAUGCAUGCCAACAUUCCAGUUUUUUAAGAAGGGACAAAAGGUGGGUGAAUUUUCUGGAGCCAAUAAGGAAAAGCUUGAAGCCACCAUUAAUGAAUUAGUCUAAUCAUGUUUUCUGAAAACAUAACCAGCCAUUGGCUAUUUAAAACUUGUAAUUUUUUUAAUUUACAAAAAUAUAAAAUAUGAAGACAUAAACCCAGUUGCCAUCUGCGUGACAAUAAAACAUUAAUUCUAACACUUUUUAAAA